AUGGCUCAAUCGUCGAAACGUAAAAAGAAUUUGAAUGGCUCAGCUGAUGCCCCAGUCAGGGAUCAACAUCUUUGCUCUUGCAACAAUCCGGUGAAUGAUAAUGACAAUGCAUCAGCAUGUGACGGCUCUGAAGCUAAAGUUCAUACAAAUUGGCUCUGUCCUGCGUGUGUUAUUAAUCCAAGUGCUGAAAAAAUUCCGACUCGUUGUUUACAAAUGUUAUCAUCACGUGUUGACACAAUUGAACAUAAUAUAAAUGGCAUUAAACAACAACUAGAGCUAACAAUUGAAAACCUAAAACAUGGUUUUCACUCUGCUGUAGCUGUUCGAAAUGCUUCAAUUACAAGAAAGAAUGAUAAACAAGCCUUAAUCGUCUAUCGGUAG